GUUGGUCUUACGAGGCUGAAAGCGAUUGUUUUUCUCUCUUGACCGUCUUGAUUUCGAGCCUUUACCAUACGAACCAGGUAGACAACCCGCAGCUGGACAACGGACAUGACAUUCAACACAGAUACGUCGAAGCCUCUCGGAUACCGAUGGAGGUCCUCCAAGACAUUCAUCGUGGGAUCUGUCACUGUUGCGUUGUUUACAGAAUCACUGCUCUUCGGCUUCAUCGUUCCAAUCCUCAGUUACAUGCUUGAGCAGCGCUUGCAUAUUGAUCCGUCACACACCCAGAAUGAAACGACCAAGCUGCUUGCCAUCUAUGGCUUUGUGUCGGUGGUGUUCGCGACAGCCACCGCGCAUGUGGCCGACAAGAUGCCGGAUCGGAGGACUCCUCUCCUGUAUGCACUGGCAGGUUGUCUUGUUGGCACGGCCCUGGUUGCAUCUACUCUCUCGAUCUGGACGGUCUAUCUGGGUCGCGUCCUCCAAUCAAUCGCUUCGUCCGGCGCCUGGAUCGUAGGCUUCGCCACCGUAGCAGAUGCCGUGGGUGACGAGCACUUCGGCAAGGUCCUGGGCGUCGUUCUCUCCUUUGUGACGGCAGGCACUAUUUCCGGUCCUACCGUCUCUGGGGUUCUGCUGAAGCUCGUGGGAUACUGGCCCACAUGGCUAGUGCCCAUGGCGGUGCUAGUUUUAGAUAUGCUCGCGCGCAUGCUCAUGAUCGAAGCCUCAAAGCCGACUCCGAGCGAUGAAGAGCGAACCGGUCUUCUUCCCGCGAGCAGGCCCGCUUCUUCAGACCAAGAAGGCAGUACUGCACCUUCAACGUCCAACUUCUAUCGCAUCAUGUUGCUUGACAGCCGGGUGUUGACCGGCCUUGCGGGCUGCCUACUCUACUCCUCGCUCAUGGCUAACUUCGAUACGACGAUCCCGCUGCAUGUCCGCGAGACGUUCCAUUGGGAUAGUCUGCCGACAGGUCUGAUGUUCCUCUGUCUACAAAUCCCCAAUGUGAUCUUCAAUCCCGUUAGCGGCUGGGUCCGGGAUAAGAUCGGAGUGCGUUAUCCGAUGACGGUCGGAUGGGCGUUGAUGGCUCCCUUGCUGUUUCUGCUCGGCAUGCCGGGUGACGAACGGUUUGCGUGGGUGAAUGGGGGACAUCACGGAGUUGUGAUUACCGUGACCUGUCUGCUUGGAAUCGGUGCAUUAGGCAGUCUGCUGCAUGGUGCAGGGCCGAUGGAGUUAACUGCUGUCGUUCGGGAGCAAGAAGCACAGGACCCGCUUAUCUUUGGAGAAAACGGAGCCGGUUCAAGGGCCUUCGCGUUGGCUGAGAUGGCUUUUACGCUGGGGAUUAUGCUGGGUCCGCUCCUCUCGGGGCCAUUGGUCGAAUUAGUGGGUUACUUCUACAUGAAUGUGGUCUUUGGAAUUCUAUGUCUUAUGCUUGCAGUGUCUUCAUUCAAUUUCCUUCGUCGCAAACAACCCGCUAUAGUAGAGUAGUUCUAGCCGACACCAGAUCAAGAAUGCAACUCAUCAUUUGGUCAUGUCUACCCCAAACGCCUUUGUAGCAC